CAUCAAUCCAACGGUAAGUAUCCUAUCAUCGCAAGAUACUUUUCUUAUUCUCGCUCUAUGCAAUCACUUCCCCGACAUAAUUACAAAACCCUAAUCCUAAACCCUGAAAUAAUUAUUCAACUAAUAUUAUAUUAUUUACACACAAAACCUUUUGUUAAAUCAUUCGAGAUUUUUAAACUCUCAUCUCAACUGCCUCCUUAACAAACACAAAAACGACGGCGUUUGCUUUUGAAUUACAAAUCAAACCGAAAGCGUAUUUCAUUUGCUCUCAUCUUUGAUCACGUCGUUGAAUUAAUAUUAUACUGGAGGAUUCGAUUUCGAUUUCCGAGUCGAAUUCGAAUUCGUAUUUUUAGCGGUUUAUGUGGAGACAAAAUAAUAUAAACUCGAUGAAGCAUUGUUUUUUUGAAUUUUAUGUUUUUGUUUUGAUUGAUGUCGAAGUCAUACCUUAAACUCGGAUUCUGCAAUGCUGGUUUACUUUGAUCGUGAGGCUCCUAAGCUAUGGAGGAAGAUGUGUGCAGAAGCGACUGUAGAGGUUUCGCUUCUUGCAGAAAAUUGGAAGAUUAUUCUAGCUGGACUUAUCUUUCAGUACAUUCAUGGAUUGGCUGCUCAUGGAGUUCAUUACAUACAUCGGCCAGGACCACUGCUGCAGGAUUCUGGAUACCUUCUUCUUCCUGAACUUGGUCAAGAUAAAUCUUAUAUCAGUGAGACUGUAUUCAGCUUCAUGUUUGGUUCCUUUGUUUUGUGGACUCUUCAUCCAUUCCUUUUCCAGAGAAAAAGGAUAUAUACAGUUCUGAUAUGGUGCAGGGUCUUUAUUUAUCUAGUUGUUUCCCAGAUACUUCGGAUAGUUACAUUCUAUUCAACUCAGCUUCCUGGUCCAAAUUAUCAUUGCCGUGAGGGGUCAAAAUUUGCUAGACUUCCUCAUCCAGAGAAUGCACUUGAUGUGCUCUUUAUUAAUUUUCCCAGUGGAUUAAUGUAUGGCUGUGGUGAUUUGAUUUUUUCUUCCCACAUGAUUUUCACCUUGAUAUUUGUGCGUACAUAUCACAAAUAUGGCACAAAAAGGUACAUCAAGCAGUUUGCUUGGUUGCUUGCUGUGAUUCAGAGCUUCCUGAUUAUAGCAUCUCGCAAGCACUACACGGUUGACAUCGUUGUUGGAUGGUAUACUGUAAAUUUGGUAGCAUUUUUUGUUGACAAAAAGCUGCCAGAAUUGCCUGACCGAUCCUCAGCGCUGUCACUACUACCUUUGAGCACCCGAGAAAAGGAUGGGAAGAACAAAGAUGAACACCAUAGAUUACUUAACGGGAUUUCUGGUGCCAAUGCAAAUUGAGCAUGAGUUAGCGUCAAAUCCCAAUCGCCUUGUCAUCAUUAUCUGCGAGAUGCUUUCCUUGAGACAUCUGGAGAACGUUAAAUACUGUCUAUACCUACGUAGAAUACAAGUGAAUUAGGAACACAGCUUAAAAUUAGGAACAUAGUCAGGGAUAAGUAGUACUUAGACGCAGCACAAGCUGAAGAUAGCUGUGCUGUUGCUGCGGGGUUGGACUUGUGGCAAAAUCUCAAGUGCAUUCUCAACUUAAUAAGUCGGGUAAACCUCAUUUGUAUUUUCCUCUCUUUAUUAGAGAUAGAAUGAAAUGUCUUAUAGUUUCGCUUUUUUUUUUUUUUUAAUUCUUGUUUUAUUUACUUAUAUGCUUAACCUUGGAGUCAUGGAAAAUGGAAAAUAUUUGAUAGAAGGUUGUCCAACGGUAAGAACGAACCUAAGGGGCUGUGCAUGACUUCAACAUAUGGUCU